GAUUCAUUCUUUCACACACAUAAAAAAGACAUGUUCUGAAAGUGGAAGGACUAUGGAGAUUUAUUUUUGUAACGUAGCAAGCUUAUUAGUGAUAUUUACAGUUGUGUGCACAUCUCUACAUGCAUGCUGUAACAGAGGGGAAAAUGCCAUUAUCUGUGUUAUCUGGAAAUUCUGGACAGUAAAUGUACAAUAGAGUUAUGUGGAGUAGAAGAAAAUACAGAAAGGAACAGAAAGUUGGCAAAGGUUCAUGAUAAUUAACCUGUCAAUAUGUAUCGUACAAGCAACUCUAUGUCAUGGUUACUCAGUCUACAUGAUGUGUGGAUUCAAGAGAAUGCUGUUACGAAAAGCUUGAUGAAGAAUUGGUGGAAUUUGACUGAUUACAUCACUUUGAGAGAAAAGAAGUAUUGGCAAAAAAAACUUCUCCAGGAUGGACUACUUUCUGGACGUUGAGUCUGCUCAUAGGCUGUUUUACAGUCAAGGAGCUCAAGCUCGCCGGGCGACCCUGCUCACUGUCCCCACAUUAAUGGCGGCAUCUUCCGAGGAGGAGAUAGACCGGAGACCCAUCAGGAGAGUCAGGUCCAAGAGUGACACCCCGUACCUAGCCGAGGCCAGGAUCUCCUUCAACCUCGAGGCAGCUGAGGAAGUGGAAAGACUGGCUGCAAUGCGUUCAGACUCUCUAGUACCAGGAACCCACACACCUCCAAUCAGGAGAAGAAGCAAAUUUGCCACUCUAGGAAGGAUUUUCAAACCCUGGAAAUGGAGGAAGAAGAAGAGUGAAAAAUUCAAACAUACAUCAGCAGCAUUGGAAAGAAAGAUAUCAAUGAGGCAAAGCAGGGAAGAGCUUAUAAAACGAGGCGUUCUGAAGGAAAUCUUUGAUAAAGAUGGAGAACUUUCCAUACCAAAUGAAGAAGGAGCUUUGGAGAAUGGGCAGGCUCUAGGCUCUGGACAAGCUAUGGGCUCCAGCCAAGCUUCACUAUCAUCCCUAGCAGAAUUGGAAUCAGGCUCAGCAUCUGGGGAACCCUGUACAUAUGAGGUGCUCCCAACCACAGAGAUCAUGGAUGGGACAGUGUCUGAAGAGAGCCCCACUUCCAAUGAGUCUGGAGUCCUCCUGUCCCAAGAUCCUUCAGCUAAACCAGUCCUGCUACUUCCCCCCAAAAAAUCUGCUGCUUUCCUUGGAGACCAUGAGGACACCCCAAUGAAACAGUUGUCCCUCCUCAAACAGCCCCCUGCCCUGCCUCCUAAACCCAUUGCCAGGAUUGCCAAUCACUUAACUGAUCCUGGCGCGCCUGUGAAACUGCCUUGUAUGCCAGUUAAACUGUCACCUCCGCUACCUCCAAAGAAAGUCAUGAUAUGCAUGCCUUUAGGGGGGCCAGACCUCUCUCUCGCAUCUUAUUCCACACAGAAGAGCUCCCAGCAGCCCUUGGCUCAGCACCAUCACACUGUACUGCCAUCCCAGUUAGCAGCCCACCAGCACCAGCUUCAGUAUGGCAGCCACAGCCAGCACCUGCCUUCUGGAUCCAGCUCAUUACCCAUUCACCCUUCCGGAUGCCGGAUGAUAGAGGAAUUGAACAAGACACUGGCCAUGACCAUGCAGAGGCUAGAAAGCUCUGGUUUACACUCUGGUGACAGUGUCAUGAAAACAGGACCUGGCGGCCUUUCAGACAUGAGACAAGUGCCAACUGUUGUGAUCGAAUGCGAUGACAAUAAAGAAAAUGUGCCUCAUGAAUCUGACUACGAAGAUUCUUCCUGCCUUUAUACGAGAGAGGAAGAAGAAGAGGAGGAGGAUGAAGAUGAUGACAGUUCAUUAUUUACAAGUUCUCUGGCAAUGAAAGUCUGCAGGAAGGACUCCUUAGCAAUCAAACUUAGUAACAGGCCCUCCAAAAGAGAACUGGAGGAGAAGAACAUCCUCCCAAUGCAGACUGAUGAGGAAAGACUCGAACUGAGGCAGCAGAUUGGAACAAAGCUAACAAGACGACUGAGUCAGAGACCAACUGCUGAAGAAUUGGAACAGAGGAACAUUUUGAAACCUCGGAACGAGCAAGAGGAGCAGGAGGAGAAACGGGAGAUAAAGAGAAGAUUAACACGUAAGCUGAGUCAAAGGCCUACAGUUGAAGAAUUACGUGAAAGGAAAAUCCUCAUCCGCUUUAGUGACUACGUGGAAGUGGCAGACGCUCAGGACUAUGACAGAAGGGCAGACAAACCCUGGACGCGGCUCACAGCUGCUGACAAAGCAGCCAUUCGGAAAGAGCUCAAUGAAUUUAAAAGCACUGAAAUGGAAGUUCAUGAAUUAAGUCGGCAUCUAACAAGGUUUCAUAGACCGUAGCAGUUCAAUUCUUCCUGACUACUAUGCCGUCUUAAAAACAUAAUUAAAAGGAACCAUAAGUGCUGGUAUUAUUCACUUCCCUGUUACGUACAAUGUAAAUCUUCCAAACUGCCUUUUUUUAAAAAAAAUAAAAAUAGGGAAAAAAAAUGAAAAUUGUAUUUACAUGUGAUGGGUACUGCUCCUUCAUCAGACCUGCUGGCACAUCCCUCGGUAAGAGAAAAUACCCCUGGUGGGAGUCAUGCCAAGAUCUGGCACCUAUGUUUAAAGACUUCCUGGCAUGUGGAUUCACCAUAUUUGUCCAAGCCCAGCUGAUAGUGCAUCCAUUCUGUCUUCAGUCACCCCUCAUCCCUGCAAGCAUUUGUCACCCAACUACAAAGACCCCUGAAGCACUUGGUGUUGUUCUGGGAAUGACUCUCCUGGGUGAAGUCUCCAACAGGCCUGCACCCCAGGCAUUAAAGCACUUAAACCAAACAUUCCUUUCUAUUUGUGAGCACCUUAGAAGAAGGAUGAGGGAGAACUACUGUAAGGAUCGGCCCAUCUUGAACAGUUUUGAAUACAAAGAAAUUCACGUUCCCUGGAAAAGUGUGUGGCUGCCUGACCGUCACUGUUUUGCUUCCCAAGAAAAGAGCGCGCUUCAAGCAGAGCAGGAUUCUUCAUGGAAGGCUGGUUUCACUCCAUCUUUUUGUAUUUCAAAAUGUAGUUUUCUAAAUAUAACACUGAAUCCAUACAUUCAAAAAGAGGACAUUGUCAGCAAACAUAAGGGGCUUCAUUCCCCCCUACCUUGUACCUUGUGUAGUAGCCUAUGCCCGUGCGUCAUGAUUGUAAAGAGGAUGUAGAACACAACCCAGUCAGGCUGUGUUUUAUGUCCACUUUGCACAAGUAUCAACAACAGCAGGUGCAAGUCCAUGAAGAAUUGGGUCCAAGAUUGAAUUCCAAGAAGUUCCUUGUGGGAUAUAUGCUGCCUCUCUGCAGGUGGGAGAUAUUUCAAAGACAGUGUGGGUAUUAAGGGUAUGAACUUAAAUCUUACUGAAAAUAACCUCUCAGGUUGAUUCCAUUGUAUUGUUGUGGGUGGUCAGAAUUGGCUGCCAUAUCUAGAGCCAAGCUGUUCAGCAAAAAACAAUAUGUAUCUCUUUCCUCCAUUGGCAUGUUUUUAACUGGUAAAGGGUCCAACUAGGGUUCAGUUGUGCAAGGGGCCGAGUGCUAUGGCUCUACUCAAGCAAUGUACUUAAACACAUACUUAGCUUUCGCUAAGAGCAUCAUUAGUCACUUUGCAGGUGACAGUACUCACAUGCUUCCUUAAAGAUAAGCACAGGCCUCAGUGCUUUGUCAGAUGGGGACCAGAGUGUUCAGCGCCCUGCAGAAUCAAGCCCUUACAGAGUAUAACCAUAGCAAGCUACAUACAACGUUGUAUGUGAUCCCGUAUAAGAAAACAUUAUGCUGUACUGUGUAGGUGGUCCAAAGCACUGUGGUAAUAUCCACAUAAGCAACAGUGUUCUGGAUAGUAUAAUUUUUAUUUUAUAAUUUGUCUUUUGCAUUUAAAGAUUUGUAGAGACGCCAAAGUUUUCUAUGACCACAGUGUCUUUUGUAAGAGGGUUCUCUCCCUCUAUGUGUUAUACGAGCCCUCAUUUUCUCACUUCUCCGGGUUGCUUUGUAACUGCAGGUCCCUCCUUCCACCUCAGUUUGAUUUCUGACUGUUAGAAUCAGGUGGAGAUUUCUCUUCCAGAUAGGAGCUGUCACCAAUCCUGUGUAGUCACCCUGGCUCUGGUCUCGUCUCGGCUUAGACUUAUUGCUGGUCUAAAUUAGGAGUAACUCCCUGGCUCAGUGGCUCUACAUUAAUCUUAAAGCUGAUGUAAGUGAAAUAGACUGAGGGAUCUUGAUUUCAGAAGGACUUGAGGGCAGUCAGUUAUAUCCCAGGGAUGGGUUCUAUAUGGGAAAUGUGAAAGCAUUUUGUUCUUGUGUGUGAGCACCAGGGUGAACACAUAAUUAUUUGGAGAAUAAUACAUGCUAGAGUAUGGUGGAGACCUACAACAUUUUAAUUUUUACUGCAGAAGCUGAAGAACUAAGUUGUCCUUUUGAUUUGUGGUAAUAGGUCUUUGGAGUUAAAUCGUGCACAGAUUACCAUGUUCUGCCUAGUGUUUUCCUGAUAGUAUGUAAAUACCUACAAUGAUCCCUAUGCCCUGAUGAUGUGCAUAGGAUAUGUUUGUGGGUCAAAAGAAAAUAACCCCACUACUACCAAAAUAGAAAUGGGUUCUGUCUGUCUGAGGAAGUGUUACUCUCCAUGGAACUAUGGUCUGCCAUUGACUACUGAUCACAGCCUUAAUUACAGGGCCAUGCCAAUUAAAGUUCCUGGACCUACAACGCAUUUCCUCAGACACGAGUUCACUAGUAGCAGGAACACAAUGUGAAAUGUUAUCAGCACCGUGCAGAAACAGUAGAGAAGUUCUCACCCUGGCAUAUAUUGCUACAUGCUGUUUUAGUUCAGGCAUGGGAAGGCAUAUCUUAAUUUGCACACACACACACAGCAAGGAGGUGCUAUGGCUUCAAAAAGAAGGAAAGCCAAGGUCUUGGCAUUUGAGCAUAAAAAAUGCAUUACUAUCAAAUAGCUGCAGGGCCAAAGAUCCCUGCUCCAGCUUCUCUGCUAUGUUACUGAAGAGGGUCAGUCCUGCAGCAUGGGUUGAGGUGCAACAAAAAAAAAAAAUCACAGUUGCCAGAACUGGUAUGACUGUGGGAGGAACUAGAGAAAGGGCAGAUUUUCUGUUAAAGACAAAAGGGCAC